GCUAUCAAGUACUUUUUAAAGGCUGCUCUAACAGAGGAUUCUAAUUUAUUUCAUGCUAUCGCUUGGCAUUUCAGCCAUUACCCUUUACCUCUAAUUACUAACUCAGGGUUCAACUGUUAUCUAUUGUGUCAUAUCCCACAAAGAGGAAUUUCAAGCUAGAGUUCUGCCGUGUUGGGUUAAUAAUUUUCUGAGUGCGCCAUUUCAAAGAUCAGACCAGAGCAGGCUUUCCUUUGACACACAGCUACCAUGAAGCAGCAGCAGGAUCUGUCUGUUUGUGUUCUGUUGAUAUUAUUUUUGGCAUGCAGCACAAAUGGUGGAAGGAUUUUGGUGUGGUUCACUGAAGGGAGCCACUGGAUUAACAUGAAGCCGGUGCUGGAGGAGCUGGUCGACAGGGGACACCAGGUGACGGUCCUGGUCCCAAGUGCUUCCAUAUUCAUGAACACGAGUGAGCCUUCCCGCUUCAGCUACGAACCCUUUGAUGUUGAUGUGUCACAACAGGAAAUGGAAGACUUUCUUGAGGAGUUCCUUCACUUCUCUAUGUAUGAGAUGGAUUACAUGAACUACGUACAGAUUUACAUCAGAUUCAUUGAACUCAUGAAGACUGACAUGCAAUACAGUUUAAAGCUUUUGGACGGUGUGCUGAAAUCAGACAACGUCAUGAAGAAGCUGAAGGAGGGAAAAUAUGACCUUCUCUUUUCUGACCCCAUCUACCCUGGUAGUGACUUAGUGGCAGAUAUUCUGGGCAUCCCUCUGGUCUUCUCCCUGCGCUUUUCCAUCGCCAAUAACUGGGAGAGGCAUUGUGGUCAGCUUCCAGCCCCACCUUCCUUUGUCCCUGGUGCUAUGAGCAAACUGACUGACAAGAUGGACUUCUCUGAGCGAGUGUGGAACUUUCUCUUCUAUGCUUUGCAGGACAUUGUGAUGAAGACAGUUUUUUGGACGGAAAUGGACAGGUAUUACACUGAGAUAACAGGUACACCCACCAACGCUUGUGAGAUGAUGAGCAGAGCAGACAUGUGGCUGAUCCGAACCUAUUGGGACUUUGAAUUCCCUCGUCCUUUCCUCCCUAACUUUAAAUUUGUUGGUGGGAUCCACUGUAGACCUGCUAAACCAUUGCCAGAGGAUAUGGAAGAAUUUGUGCAGAGUUCAGGAGAUGAUGGCAUUGUGGUCUUCACUCUGGGAUCCAUGAUCAAGAACAUCACAACAGAGAAGGCAAACAUGAUUGCCUCAGCUCUUGCUCAGAUCCCACAAAAGGUGUUGUGGAGAUACAGCGGAGAAAAACCAGAGACUCUGGGUGCCAACACCAAGUUAUACAACUGGAUCCCACAGAAUGACCUGCUAGGUCAUCCAAAGACCAAAGCUUUCAUCACCCAUGGAGGUACAAACGGGAUUUAUGAGGCCAUCUACCAUGGUGUUCCUAUGGUGGGAAUCCCCAUGUUCGCUGACCAGCCAGACAACAUGGUCCAUAUGAAAGCUAAGGGAGUUGCAGUUACUGUCAACCUGAGCUUCAUGAAGUCUGAAGAUCUUACAAAUGCAAUUAACACUGUCAUCAAUGACAAGUCGUACAAAGAGAAUGCCAUGCUGCUGUCAGCAAUCCACCAUGACAGACCAAUGAGUCCUCGAGAUGAGGCGGUGUUCUGGAUCGAGUUUACUAUGAGAAACAAAGGAGCCAAGCACCUGAGGGCCGAGGCACACAACCUUACCUGGUACCAGUAUCACAGUCUGGAUGUUUUUGCCUUCCUUCUGGCCAUUAAUGUGCUCCUCAUAUUCCUCUUCAUCAAGACCUGCAAGUUCUGCUUCCAGAAAUGUUGUGGACGAAAGGAGAAGACAAAGAAAAAAGCAGAAUAACUGAUUAUGAAUCCAUGUCGUGUCAGUACAAAGAACAAAUAUUUAACUGUAUUGUUGACACAUGAAACGUAAUCUCCUGAAUCUGAGUAUGGCCAAAACCCUCUUUGAUUUUGGCCAAUACAUUAAUAUAAAAUAUUUGCAACACUUGAACAUAUCAUUUUCAUGAGAAAUGAAGGGGUUUUAACAUAAUCUUUAUGUAUGACUUGACUCAGUAUUAUCCAAUAUAGUACAUACCUACAAGAUAUUGUUUGCCUCUAUAUGGAGGUAUAAAGCAUGCACUUCCUUUCUCUUGUAGUUAGCGCACCUGUCAACAAGUGCUUAAUUUAUAUAACUGCACCUGUUGCUCAUUUAACAUUAUAAGAUGGCAGCUGAUUGGCCGAUUUAAGGG